AUGAAGUUCCUUCCCAUUAUAUUUUCGGUCGGCGUCCUCGCGGCGGAAACCCUUGUUAGAGGACAGCAGAGGCCGGCGGUCAAUCCCAUCCUCAACGCUCUGACAAGUCAUGGCUGCUAUAAGUCAAAGGCUAGCCUCAAAGAUCCGGGUGGCUACGAGGGCGAAAAAGUUUCAAGCGGCUUGUGUGGCGACGUAAUAUGCAACAAGACGAAUUCUACUGUUCUUGGACUAAGGGGGACCACAUGCUAUUGUGGUUUUGAAUACCCUCCCAAGGAGGAUCUUGUUGAGGACAAGUUCUGCAACUACGCUUGCCAAGGGUAUCCUUUCGAAGCCUGCGGCUCCGUUGAUGGUGUAUACUAUUCUAUCUUCAACACUGGUGUAAAGGUCGACGUUGACUCGGCAGAGCCCGUAGCAUCCACCAGCUCCAAGGGCGCCAGCUCACCAACCAGUGAUGCUUCGACCGGCGACGAAGGGAACAAAGAAGGAGAUAAGAAGUCGACCAACGUGGGUGGCAUCGUCGGUGGUGUGGUUGUCGGCGUAGUCAUCGCGGCCGCGGCUAUCGGAGGCGUUUUCUUCUAUCUUCGCCGCAAGAGGAACAAGGAAAUUGAAGAAGAACAUCGUCGAAACGCCGCAGUCAACUCUUUCAUCGGUCACAAGCCUCCCAGCAGCAGCGGCGGCCUCUCAAUCACGGACGCACGAUUGGACCCUGUUAUGCAGCGCAGAAUGUCAGACGGCAGCAUUGCCGAUAACCACGACUACUCCCGAAAAAUUCUUCGCGUGACCAACGCGUGA